UAGCAGCAAUGGAGCUCCUCGCCCUUCUCCUGUGCCUCCUAGCCGUGCCCGUGAUGGCUUUUCUGCGCAGCUACAACAGGCGAGCGCGCGCUGAGGCGACCGUCCACUUCGUCAGCGACCCCGCCGUCGCCCACCGAGCGCUCAUCGAGAACGCCGAUGACUUGUCGAGCCGUCCGGCGGCGAUCUUCCCCGUCUUCCUUGCUUCACUGCGCGACGGCCGACGGAACGACAACAUGACCACGGCGAGCUACGGCCCGCACUGGCGGGCGCUCCGGUGCAACCUCGCCUCCGGCAUCCUCCACCCCUCGCGCCUCGCUUCUCUCGCCCCGUUGCUGCAGGAGGCCGCCGAGACCCUCGUCGGCGGCCUAUCCACCCGAGGUGAGAUUGAGAAGGCCGCCGGACUGCGGGUCCGCGGGCCCGUCACCGCCGCGGCAUUCGCGCUGUCCACGCGCCUGUGCUUUGGUGACAGCGUCGAUGACGCCCACAGGCACGCCAUGGGGAGGGUGACGCGGGACUCCAUGCUCGCCAUUGGGGAGCUAAGCCCCAGGUUCGACGGCUCCAUGUUGUCCAAGCUCGUCAACUGGAGGGCGCUUGGCCGUAUCUCCGCUCUGCUUGGCCGGCAGGCCGAACUGUACCGCCCCCUGAUCGCGGCCGCCGCGGCACGGAAGCAGUCCCAUUCUGGGCUUUGCGGUGGUGUUUUCCAGCCAUACGUGGACUCGCUGCUCGAUCUCCGCGUUCCCGCCGACGACGGCGAUGCCCGGCGCGCGCUCCGGGAGACCGAGCUGGUCGGGCUCUUGUUCGAGUUCCUCGGCGCAGGCACAGGGUCGGUGGUGACCUGCGCCGAGUGGGCCCUCGCCCACCUCAUCGACCAGCCGGAGGUCCAGGACAAGCUGCGCCGCGAGAUCAAUGACGACGCAGAUGCCGGCGGCAAGAGCCUGCGCACGGGCAUGCCGUACCUGAACGCCGUGGUGCUGGAGAGCCUCCGCAUGCACCCACCGGUGCCGAUCAUCUUGCGAGCCGCCCACGGCGAGGGCGCCAGGGCAGUUGGUGGCGCCGCCACCGUGUCCGUGCCAGCCAGCGGCUUGAGAGUGAUGUUCAACCUAGGCCACAUUGGACGAGACAGGAAGAUGUGGGCCGACCCCGGCGAGUUCCGGCCAGAGCGGUUCCUUGCCGGAGGGGAGGCGGAGGACGUCGGGCCGACGCCGGGGUCCAAGGAGAUAAGGAUGAUGCCGUUCGGUGCGGGGAGCAGGCACUGCCCUGGCGUGGGCAUGGGGAUGAUGCUCAUCAAGUGCUUCCUCGCCGCGCUUGUCCGCGAGUUCGAGUGGGCGCCGGACUGCAGCGGCCGCGUCGACAUGACGGAGCUCGACGGCUUCCUAAAGAUGAUGAAGAAGCCACUCUCAGCGCGUGUCAAGCAACACGCUUAAUCUUUUGAUGAACUUGAGUUUGUAAUAACAUUAAUCUCAAUAAACCUGAGUGUAUUUUUCUGUUUGUCCAUCUACUAUUUCAUGCAUCCUCAAACGAAAACAAUCAGUAUGUGGAGAAAAUGGUACUAUAUGCCGAGUGUUUUUUUUCCACAGGUACUCGAUAGAUAAGGUCUUUGCCAAGUGUAAAAAAACCUCUGCCGAGUGAAAAAAAA